AAGGCAUCAAAGGUGCACUUAUUCACAAUUGGAUACCCGCUAUCAUGAGCGAUGAGAGCAGCAUGCUAGAUCUACUGCAGUUCUACCGAAUGUGUCAAUAUGACGCCCUUGUCAAACUCUCUGUCGUUCCCGAGAUUGGGAAUAUCUUCGUAUGGAGCUGCGUCAUGGAGCCCAUGAAGUUAGAUAAUCAGUACUUUGCAAAGUCUCGACACCAAAAUCCAAUGAUUGAGCUUGGUCAAUGUACCUCAACAAUGGUAGAUUAUGAUGCCCAAGAGAGCGAUUUGGUCGUCGAAAAAGCGAUGAAUUGUGAUGUAACAACGACAAAACUCAACAUCAUCAUGACAAGGAGAGAGAUCGGUUUGCUUAUACUUACCACAUUACGAGUCACGAUUCUCGGCGUGAUGCCACGAGGCCUUGUAGGCCGAGAGGGGCCCCAGAGUGUUCCUGGAAGCAUACUACAGUCUCUAGGCAUGAUUAUGGCGGUAGGAGGACUGAUUCGUCGCAUCCUCCACCAUUCGAACCAACCGAGCGGCAGUUCGGUCUGGUCUGCUGCUGCUCCUCGUGGCUUGAAUCCGAAGGUGUUGGUCGACCACUCAGAUGCAGGUUCUGUCAGUAGCUGGUUUAUUGCUUUCCCCGAGCCCUACAGCAAGGCGUCGAGGGAAUCAACGUUUCGUGCGUUGUGCCGCCGUUCCUGUCGAUCUCUCCCUGCUUGCCGUGCAUGUGGUGGUGCCAAGGAGACAGACGCUGCUCUGUUGAGGACGCCUGGCGAUGGGAAGAUCGGUAGGAGGAGUGGAGGGAGGCUGUAA